AGAUUACUCAAAUUGAGCAUAGGUCACAUCUGACAUCAUAACAAAGCUUAAAAACAUUAUGGGAACUGGCCACGUUGCUGAAGACAGUCAAACUCGCAUUUAUAAUGCAAAUAUGCAAUGAUACAAUCACAGUCGUCAUUGCAUCUUUUUUUUUCCACUUUUUUCUCUCCAAAAUCACAAAUUUGAACAUUGUUCAAACCCAAAAUAAUCCCUUAAAAAGAAAAAGAAAAAACAGCUGAAAAGAAGUAGAGAGAAAAAACUAACAAUGGGAAGUGAAGAAGUGAGCAACAAGCAGGUUAUAUUCAAAGACUACGUUGUUGGGGUACCAAAAGAAUCAGACAUGGAGUUGAUAACUUCCAAAAUAAUCCUUAAAGUUCCAGAAGAUUCUACUGGGAUUCUUCUUAAGAAUCUUUACUUAUCCUGUGAUCCUUACAUGAGUGGUCGUAUGCGCAAGAAUCGUGGUCCCACUUAUGUCGAAACUUUCCAACCUGGAUCGCCCAUCACGGGAUUUGGAGUGGUGAAAGUUGUGGAUUCCCGGCAUCCAAACUUUAAGACAGGCGACCUUUUAUGGGGAAUGACUGGAUGGGAAGAAUAUAGUCUUAUUUCAUCUCCAUCUCCUGAUAUGUUCUUUAAAAUUGAGCAUACAGAUGUGCCUCUUUCUUAUUAUACAGGCAUUCUUGGUAUGCCUGGCAUAACAGCCUAUGGCGGUUUCUACGAGCUUGCAUCUCCGAAGAAGGGAGACCGUGUCUAUGUCUCUGCAGCGUCUGGUGCUGUUGGUCAAAUAGUUGGACAACUUGCUAAAUUGACUGGUUGCUAUGUUGUUGGAAGUGCUGGAAGCAAAGAAAAGGUUGAUCUAUUGAAAAGCAAAUUCGGAUUUGAUGAAGCCUUCAAUUACAAGGAAGAGGAAGACUUGGAUGCUGCCUUGAAAAGGUACUUCCCAGAGGGCAUCGACAUUUAUUUCGAAAACGUUGGAGGGAAGAUGCUUGAAGCUGUUCUGUCGAACAUGAGAGUCAAAGGCCGAAUCGCCGUCUGUGGAAUGAUAUCACAGUACAAUCUCGAACAACCUGAAGGGGUUCAUAAUUUGUUCCACAUUACCACAAAGCGCAUUCGUAUGGAAGGAUUUAUUGCUCGUGAGUACUAUCACCUUUACCCUAAAUACCUGGAAAUGAUUCUACCUAAUAUCAAGGAGGGUAAGAUUUCUUAUGUUGAAGACGUUGCUGAAGGUUUAGAGAGCGCUCCUUCAGCCUUAAUCGGCCUUUACUCUGGCCGUAAUGUUGGCAAACAACUUGUUGUAGUUGCUCGCGACUAAGCUCUGUCGACUAUACUUGUUGCAUUGCAAGUUGUGUUGAGCAUGUGAGUGGUGUCCGGAGUUUAAUUGCGUGUAUUAUUCUUGAAAGGGAGUACUGAUUGUACCUUUUACUUAAGAGGUAAGAUAAAAGGCCCAUCCUUUGGGAAGUAAGGAAAAAUUAAUCCCAAAGGUGAGCCAGAUGAAAACUAAACCCUGUGUUUUUGCCUGAUAUUCAAUAAUUUAGCCUCUAAAGUCUAAUGCUCCAAGCUGCUUCUACAAGAAUGAUUGUAAUUAUUACAACAUAUAUGCAAUUUAUUGUUUCCUUA